AUGUCGUCGAUGCGAGGGCUUGUGCAGUUCAUUGCGGAUCUGCGGAACGCUCGCGCCCGAGAACUCGAGGAGAAGCGCGUGAACAAGGAGCUGGCCAAUAUUCGCCAGAAGUUCAAGUCUGGUAGUUUGAACGGAUACCAGAAGAAGAAAUAUGUUUGCAAAUUGCUCUACGUCUAUAUUCAAGGCUAUGAUGUGGAUUUCGGCCAUCUCGAGGCUGUGAACUUGAUCUCUUCGUCGAAGUACUCCGAGAAGCAGAUUGGGUACUUGGCGGUCACGUUGUUCUUGCAUGAAGAGCAUGAGCUGCUUCACUUGGUUGUUAACAGUAUUCGGAAGGAUCUGCUUGAUCAUCAAGAAUUGAAUAACUGCUUGGCUUUGCAUGCUGUGGCUAAUGUUGGUGGCAGAGAGCUUGGAGAAGCGCUGGGAUCGGAGGUUCACAGGUUGCUUAUCUCACCCACGUCUAAAGCUUUCGUCAAGAAGAAGGCUGCCUUAACGCUGCUUCGGUUGUACCGCAAAUACCCCGGCAUCGUGCGAAAUGAAUGGGCUGAACGAAUUAUAUCGAUCAUGGAUGAUCCUGACAUGGGAGUUACUCUCUCUGUCACCUCUUUGGUCAUGGCGCUAGCUCAGGACUUGCCUGAAGAAUACAAAGGUUGUUAUGUUAAGGCCGCGCAGCGCUUGAAGCGCAUUGUCGUUGAUAACGAUGUUGCUCCGGACUACCUCUACUACCGCGUGCCAUGUCCGUGGAUUCAAGUCAAGUUCCUGCGCUUGUUGCAAUACUAUCCCCCAUCAGAGGAUAGCCACGUUCGCGAGAUCAUUCGAGAGUCUUUAUCUCAGAUGAUGCAAGCAGCAAUGGAAACACCCAAGAAUGUGCAGCAAAAUAAUGCUCAAAACGCCAUUCUCUUCGAAGCUAUCAACCUCCUUAUUCACCUCGACUCUGAGCACAACCUCAUGAUGCAAAUCUCCACCCGUCUAGGCAAAUACAUCCAGUCCCGUGAAACUAACGUUCGAUACCUUGGUCUGGAUGCCUUGACCCAUUUCGCCGCUCGAGCUGAAACCCUUGAUCCGAUUAAAAAGCACCAGAACAUCAUUCUGGGUUCGCUUCGGGACCGUGAUAUCAGUGUUCGUCGCAAAGGAUUGGACCUGUUAUACAGCAUGUGCGAUACCAGCAAUGCCGGCCCCAUUGUUAACGAGCUUCUGCGGUACCUCCAAACGGCCGACUAUGCCAUUCGAGAGGAAAUGGUGCUCAAAGUCGCCAUUCUGACCGAGAAAUAUGCCGCUGAUGCACAGUGGUACAUUGAUAUGACAUUGAAGUUGCUUUCGCUAGCAGGCGAACAUGUUAACGACGAAGUAUGGCAACGUGUCAUUCAAAUUGUCACAAACAACGAAGAGUUACAAGCCUAUGCAGCACAUACCCUUCUGGGUUAUAUGAAGAAUGAUUGUCAUGAAAGCUUGGUAAAAAUCGGCUGUUAUGUACUGGGCGAAUUCGGCCACCUCAUCGCCGAAAACCCAGGCUCAAGUCCUAUUGAGCAAUUCCUGGCCCUGCAGGGCAAGAUGUUCUCCAGCUCUGACAAUGCGCGAGCGAUGAUCCUCUCGUCAUUUGUCAAGUUCGUGAACCUGUUCCCCGAAAUCAAACCUCAGCUCUUGCAAAUAUUCCGAUUGUACAGCCAUUCUCCCGAUUCCGAACUGCAGCAGCGAGCAUUUGAGUACCUGUCGCUGGCGACUCUCCCGACCGACGAUCUGCUGCGAACGGUCUGUGAUGAGAUGCCACCAUUCUCGGAGCGAGCCUCCAUUCUACUUUCUCGACUGCACCAGAAAACAGCCGGUGCCAGUGAAAAGAAGACCUGGGUUAUUGGUGGCAAGGACGCGAAUGCCGACAAACAGGAGAUGCUUCUGGCACAAAACACCGGUCUCAAGCGUACCUUCACGACCAUCGUCCAGAACACACGGACCGGAUCCAAUGGUACCCCAGCUAGUCCGGCUAAUGCAGUCAGCGCAUCGGGCGACUUGGCAGGGCUGGAUCUCAGCGGUCCUUCAGCACCGGCUCCCAACAUGGCCAGUGCCGCUCAUCUGACCCCCGACUGGGACAUUGGCUACAACCGACUAUUCUUCACCCGCGAGGGUGUGCUCUUCGAGGACGCACAAAUCCAAGUCGGACUGCGCUCGGAAUAUCGUGGUCCUAUGGGUGUCGUGAAGAUCUACAUCUCGAACAAGUCCACAUACCCCAUCGGGUCUCUCACCACCACCGUCGACAACCCAGCCUCUCCCCAGUUGAAGAUCGACACCAAGAACCUGCCCGAGCCAACAAUCCCAGCUGCCGGUCAGACACAGCAGACUCUGUUCUGUACCGCCCACGGUCCAUUCACAGACGCUCCUACCAUCCGUAUCUCAUACUUGGCCGGUGCUCUCCAGGCCUAUACACUUCAAUUGCCUGUGUUGAUGCACCGCUACAUGGAAUCCUCCUCGCUAUCAGCCGAGGAAUUCUUCAAGCGCUGGCGCCAGAUCGGCGGUGGACCGCUGGAAUCCCAGAAGACCUUUGGCCUACUGGGCAAGAACAAGAUCGUCAACGACGGCUUUACCCGGAGGAUUGUCGAGGGCUUCGCAUUCAAGAUUUUGGAAGGCGUCGAUCCGAACUCACAGAACAUUGUCGGUUGCGCCGUGUACCAAUUCGAGGGAGGUAAGACGGGCUGUCUGCUGCGGCUGGAGCCCAACUACGAGAAGAAGAUGUAUCGCGUCACUAUUCGUGCCACUCAGGAAGAGGUCCCGCAGUCAUUGGUCAGACAGAUGGAGCAGAGGCUGGCGCAGGGAAUCAAAGCAGUUAGUGACUUUGAUUCGUAG